CGCCAUCCCGGAAGCGCGAGCAAGGCCGCCAGAUGUGCAGUUCCUGGUGCAAACCAAAAACUCUUCCAGCCUGUUUCAGACAGCGUAGGAGGAGGAAGAGAUGGACCCCCCGGACUCGGCCUCGAGGGUCUUUUGCAGCCGCAUCCUAAGCAUGGUGAAUGUGGACGAUGUCAAUGCCAUCAUCCUGGCCCAGAAGAAUAUGCUAGAUCGCUUUGAGAAGACCAAUGAGAUGCUGCUGAACUUCAACAACCUGUCAAGUGCUCGCCUGCAGCAGAUGAGUGAGCGUUUCCUGCACCAUACAAGAACCCUAGUGGAGAUGAAGAGGGACCUGGACAGCAUCUUCCGCAGGAUCAGGACGCUGAAAGGGAAGCUGGCCAGGCAGCACCCGGAGGCCUUCAGCCAUAUACCAGAGGCGUCCCUCCUGGAGGAUGAGGAUGAAGACCCCAUCCCACCUAGCACCACAACCACCAUUGCCACCUCAGAACAGAGCACCGGUUCUUGCGACACUAGCCCUGACACUGUGUCGCCUUCCCUCAGCCCUGGCUUCGAGGAUCUGUCUCAUGCCCGGCCCAGCUCCCCUGCUAUCAAUGGCCGCAGCCAGACAGAUGAUGAGGAGAUGCCGGGCGAGUAGCCCUAGCCCUGGUGCCUAAGGGCAGUAGGGAACCUGGCCUCAGCAGCAGCAGAAGCAGCAGCAGCUCUACCACCCUGUUCUGUCAUCUGGGGCUCCAUAGGGGACAAGACUCCCACCAGGGGCAAGGCAUUCCUGGGGGCCUUUCAUCCCCACACCAUCUGCACUGAAAGCAUCUCUUCUGCAGACCCUCCACCUGUCCCAGGAAUGAGCAGCCCCACCAGUCAGGGGCCACAGGGAGCUUUUCCAGGAUGGGCCUAAGGUCUGCUCUGAAAAACACCUGAAGGUUCCCAGAGCCCAGAGCCAGAUGCCCCCUGCCCCUGCUCCCUUGUCAGGACAUUUAGGUGGACAAGUGCUAUAUCCAAGGUCACUGCAGCCUACCCCUACACCCACUAAUUCUGGUUCUUUCUCCUGCACCUUCCUAAAAUGAAAGUAUUGAAUACUUUUCUGUAAUCCUAUGUCAAGGUUUCUUAGAUAGCUAUAGAAGGCCCAGGGUGGGAGCUGGCCAUUCACUCAGCCCCAAGCCUGGUGAGGCCUGUGUUUCUCUGACCAGAGGUGUGCUCCCUGAGGGCCCAGCAGGCCUCUCCCAGGGCCUUUGUGGCUCAAGGCAAGCCACCUUGGAAAACAGUUUAAUGGAGUAUUUUUGUACCCGAUGUUUACAGAUGCUGUUGGGAAGAUAUCAAUAAAGACUCUUACUAAAAAGGGAAGGGUACACCUAACCUGUCUCCCUUCUGUUCUGGAACCCGCACACUACCCAGCCCAUGAGUAAUUCCUUAGCCCUCACCUCUAGGUCGAGUGCCCUGCACUUUUUUAGCCAUCCACGAGUCUUGGCCUGUAUCCGGAACAGCCCCUGGUCCCAGCCCACCUUCCCGAGCGAACGCAGCAGCCCUUCCUGCGCUUCCUGCUCCCCCAGUGCAGUCCCGAAGUCCAGAUGUGCACAGCGGUCGUGGAUUUGCCAAGUGACCGAGUCGGCGGGGGCCUCGCGCCCUAGGCUCUUGCCGAUACUCCUUUUAGAAACCUUGCUUUAGCGCCAGUGUGCUGUACCCUAGGGAACCAGGACUCCGAGUGCCUGCUGCGGGAUCUUCAGGCCACCCCGAGGCAGCAGGUGGGCAAGC